CUCUACCAGCGCUGCUGGAGGAAAGGAGGCGCUUCCUGUUAUUCCGAUUCAAAUCUCGAGCCGGACAGGAGGGAACAGGCAGCAGUGCCGGGCCAGGAGGGGACGCGAGGAUGAGCCCCCCGGGCUGGCCCUUCCAGCGGCUUCUGCUGCUCCUUGUGGGAGCUUCAGUGCUGGGCGCUCAUUCGGAGACCACAGUGACCCCACACAAUGCCAGCUACUCUCUGGAAGAAGACAAGUCAAAUGCCACAGCUCUGGAGCUUGAUGUGGAGAGCUAUAAACACAUGAUGAAGUUCCUCAAGGACUAUCCUAUGUUUCAAGAGGCCCUGUAUCGAUUCCGAGCCAAAGAGUGCUGGGAUAGGUUUGUUCAGCAGAUGGCCAAUGUCAGCGCCCUGCUUUUGUGUCAAUGGAGCGUCGUCAGCAGGCCAUACGCCAUCCUGACCCACUGCCUGGAAGAGUGGGCAGACAACCUGGAGUACGGCUACCCCAACGCCUUGGCAGAGGGUUACGUCGUCUGGGGCCACCGCACGUACUUCCUCAACUGCACCCUGGAGCGCCCCCUCCUCCUGGACCCUCCUGAAAACGUCCUGCUGACCCUGAUCCUCACUCCCAUCUGCCUCAUCCCUCUGUUGGUCACCCUGGUCGUGCUGAAGAGCAAGGAUGGUGAGAUGCAGGCAUGAGGCCCCACCUCCUCGUAGCGCCUUGAGACCCGGCUCCCACAUCCCCACCCUGGGGGCCGGCAGCCCACCCAAUCCCAGCACAAAGCAGAUGCCCCCCACAGAUGAACUGCUGCCCUGGGGACGUAAUCUGGCCGCACUCAGCGCUCAGCAUCGUCUGGGCACCUUAUAACUUGUGCUAAAAGAGAACCGACCAAGGGUUGUGGCCAAAUCCCUCCCCUGCCAGGUCCCACCACACAGAGGCUGGGGAAGUGCUCACGGCAGAUGCGCCUGUGGACCAAUCGGCUCAGCAGCUGACGCUUCCAGACCCCUGUAAGGAGAAGUCAUAAUGAAGGAGGCAAAGACUACAGAGUAGACCUGAGUCAAGCUGCUUCCACGUGGAGGCAGCUCUCUGUAGCCCUCCUUGUUACUGUGAAGCCACAGCAGGGUUCUUGCCUCAGCCUCCCCCCCCCCC